AGUGGUAAGGUAGUAGUAGUAGUAAUAGUAGUAGUGGUAGUGGUAAGAGUAGUAGUAGUAGUAAUAGUAGUAGUGGUAGUGGUAAGAGUAGUAGUAGUAGUAAUAGUAGUAGUGGUAGUGGUAAGAGUAGUAGUAGUAGUAAUAGUAGUAGUGGUAGUGGUAAGAGUAGUAGUAGUAGUAAUAGUAGUAGUGGUAGUGGUAAGAGUAGUAGUAGUAGUAAUAGUAGUAGUGGUAGUGGUAAGAGUAGUAGUAGUAGUAAUAGUAGUAGUGGUGGUGGUAAGAGUAGUAGUAGUAGUAGUAGUAGUAGUGGUAGUGGUAAGAGUAGUAGUAGUAGUAAUAGUAGUAGUGGUAGUGGUAAGAGUAGUAGUAGUAGUAGUAAUAGUAGUAGUGGUAGUGGUAGUGGUAGUGGUAGUGGUAGCGGUAAGAGUAGUAGUAGUAGUAGUAAUAGUAGUUAUGGCAGUAUU